UUGUCUUUUUGUGACGUUCUUUUCAUGGUUCUUUUCGUGUGUUUGCCUUGCGCUUGGUGUGUCAUUUGUGUAGUCAUUUGUUAUGCUUGUUGACUGCUGGAAGCUGGACACGUCAUUUUUUGUUUUGUAAACGUGCAGUAAAAUUUAGUUUUAUCUUUUACUAAAAUUUCAUUAACCUUAGUCAUGUCAUCAAAAGGAGGGAAGGAUCAGGUUUGUGAUGACAAACCUGUGAAAGUAAACAAAUGGGAUGGCUCAGCUGUCAAGAAUGCCCUUGAUGAUGCAGUGAAGGAGGUCCUUACAAAGAAGUUCAACUACACAGAAAGCUUUGCAUUGAUGGACGGGCGGCUGGCAAUGUGUGGUAUUGCGGUUGGUGUGGCAAUGUUUGCGUUGUUGUGGGACUACUUGUAUCCAUUCCCACAUUCACGGCCCAUUUUGAUCUUCUGUGUGUCAGCGUACUUUGUCAUGAUGGGUAUUCUCACUCUGUAUACAACGUACAAGGAGAAAGGCAUCUUUGUUGUGGCUAUUCAGAAAGACCCAGCUGGAUUUAUUCCAGACAAUAUUUGGGAAGCAAGCUCCUAUUUGAAAAAGUUUGAUGAUAAGUACAAUCUUAUUCUGAGUUGUAAGAAUGGGAAGACUGGUGCACGAUACGAAGCCACAAUGGUGAAGUCUGUUGCAAACUUCUUCGAUGAGAACGGCACCUUGAUAUACGAGUUGCUGGAGCCUGAAGUGAGCAAACUCCACAACAGCCUGCUGGCAGAACGCAAGGAGAAGUAGCAGUAGAGAGGGCCGUGCCUGCCAUCUCUGUUGGUCGUGUCUUCUCUGGACGUGAUACACGCUGCACUGAGACACACUUCAUGCUGCAUUAUUUGACAGUCGUCACCUUUCCCUAGUGCAGGUCCAAAUAAAAACAUUCAAGUUCCUUAAUUCAAGAAUUUUUUUAUUAUUUGCAUUUGAGAAACAAAAUUAAUUAAUUUUCUUAGAAAUAAUGAUUUUGUAACAGGAAGCAGUUUAUGGUGUAUUUUCACUUAUCAAAAUGAGAAAAAAACUUUUGAACAGCUUGCAGUUAGUGAUGCUCUGUUAGAAAAUCAUGUAGUUAUGCUGGACAUUAUUUUUCAUCAAAUCUUUUAUUUAAGCCCUGAAUUUUCUGAAACUGUUAAUAAUGUAGCUUUUUAUUACAUUUUUAUUUAUUUUUAUUGUGUUCCUUAGUACUCCAAAAUUCUUGAGCAUGAAUAAUUUUUAUAUAUAUUAAACUGUUUUGAAAAGUUUUAUGUUAAAAAACUGUGGAAUAAUAUGGUUAAUUGAUAAUAAAGUGGUCACUGUAUGUUUGGAA